AUGUCAGAACAUGGGUCAAUAGAAGAGGGGGGCCCUGAACCAGUAAAGUAUGAUCCAGUGAUAUUUAAAGUCGGAUCGAUAUUGAAGGUUCAUUUAUCGUAUCUAAAGUAUAUGACUUUUAUAGCGAUUGGAAUAUCUUUAUUAUGGCCAUGGAACUGCUUCUUAGCUGCUUCGGCAUACUAUGGAGAGCGUUUUGCGCAUUCCCCGUCGUUGAUUAAGAUAUAUUCGUCGACUAUGAUGAGCAUUUCUACAGUUACGUCGACACUUUUUAAUUACUAUUUGUCACAGUCACAGUCGGGAGUAAAUUACAACCACCGAGUGAACUUCGGGUUGACUAUUACCAUUGGGGUCUUUGUUUUGAUGGCCCUCACUUGCGUCACUAAUAUUUUCAUUAGAAUGAAAGAUUCUAUCUUUUUUACCAUGCUCAUGCUAACCGUGUUGGUUUCUUCGAUGGCAACAUGCCUUGCCCAAAACGGUACUAUGGCAAUUGUCAAUGUCUGGGGUGGCAUAUAUGCUAAUGCUGUAAUGGUUGGACAAGCCAUUGCUGGAGUUUUACCGAGUAUUGCUUUAAUAGCAUCGAUUUUAAUAAUUGGAGAAAAUAAUCAUAGACCAACUGGAGACGAUUAUUUCGUGCAAAAAAAUUUCGGGGUUUUCUUCUAUUACAUCACAGCAAGCUUGAUUUCCAUAGUGGCAAUGUUCCUCCUUCAAUGCACUAACUUUUAUAAUCGGCAAGCACAGUACCAGAGUUUGCGCGACACCCCACAAGAAACUGAUCUUAGUGAUGAGGAUCAAAACGAGGUCCCAAUGGUUCAAUCAAAGCAUGUCCCUUUCUCGCUUCUUUGGUCCAAGUUGAAACUUAUUGUAUCGACUAUUUUUUUGACCUUCAGUAUAACUUUGGUAUUUCCCGUUUUCGCAUCAACAGUCGAGUCUACUCAUGUGGAUUCUAAAAAUGUUUUCUUUCAAAAGAAAAUUUUUAUUCCAUUCAUAUACUUGAUAUGGAGUUUAGGUGAUUUGUUAGGUCGCAUACUUUGUGGUACCCCAAACUCAAUAAUUCUUAUCAAGAGUCCUAAGAAAUUAAUCCUAUAUUCAUUGGCACGGAUAUUGUUCAUUCCGUUGUUCUUAACAUGCAACAUACAUCCAUAUACUGCCUCUGGAAAGUCCAGUGCUGUUAUAGAUUCUGACCUUUGGUACAUUUUUUUGCAACUUUCAUUCGGCUUAACAAAUGGUCAAUUGUGCACUUCUUGUUUCAUGAUAGUAGGUGAUUAUUGUGACAAUGAUGACGAAAAAGAAGCUGCUGGUGGCUUCACUACAGUAUUUUUAAGCUGUGGUUUAGCUUUUGGUAGUAUUUUCAGCUACCUUUUUGUAUUAAUUAUUAGUUAA